CUUCUCUGAACCAUCUUCCUUGCCCUUCCUUAUUACAUCACUCUUAUUUCACUUCUCCCACACUUGUUUAUCCCAGUUCCUUCACUCUCCACCGCUAUGCAAGAAGAUCAUAAAGAAAGCCAACAUGGAACAACCAGGGUUUUCUCUUGCCUGUUCUGUUCAAGAAAGUUCUACAGCUCUCAGGCACUUGGAGGCCAUCAAAACGCUCACAAGAAGGAAAGGAUCGCCGUAAGGAAGGCUAAAAAGGCAUCCGAAAAUGGACCGACCAGCAGUUUCUCGUCUUCUUCUCCGGCGUUCUUUUAUGCAACCCCGACGAGCCACCACCAGUUAGGCAUUUUUCACUCUCCGAUGUAUAUAGCAGCUCACGCUGCUAACUUCCGGUAUUUCUCGGAUGGGUUCGGAUCGAAUGGUGCUGCUACCAGGUUCGAUGGCAGUGUAGAUCAUCGUGUUCGAUUAGAGGAAGACGAGCGGGAGUACUUGGAUUGGCAGAGGAGCAUACGGUGCAAUGGAGGGUUGGCUCAUCAGGGUGACGAUCAAUCCAUUGGCAUAGAUGAAUACAAGGGCAAAGAUCAAAAGCUUGAUCUAUCUCUUCAUUUAUGAGCUAAUUCCCUCGCUUUUAAUUUGUCUGCAUGUUAUGACAAUAAAAAGAUAUCAUG